AUGGCUUGGCAGAGGCCCAGUUGCAUCGUUCAGUCGAUGCAGUCGCUUCGACUGCGACCUCUCCGGUCCUCCGCAUCCCCUCUAUCUCCGACUCCCACACCCUUCCUCUUGCGGUCCCAGAAGGGCAAUGCUUGCGGCUAUGCAACAGAGACAUCCUCCGAUUCCUCGGUACAGGGAGCGCCUGCGACUGCACCACCAGCGACCGUACCAGCGGCACCAGCGAUUGACUUCGACCGAUUCCCGUACCGACCUGCCCGGAUUGUUCCCGCGUCUCCGUCCUACUUCUCUGGGAGCCCUAAAUUCAUCGAUCACCUGUUGAGAUUGCAGAACCUGCUGGCCGAGAACGCACAUCUGCCGAUAAACUCCCCGGCCCAUGCCCAGCGAAAGGCCUGGCUCAAAUUGCCCCAGUUCCGCGAAUUCGUCGGCGAGCCUGUGCCAACGAAGAAAUACAAGAGCUUGAUCAAGGUCCUCCAGCGAAUCAACCGGAUCAGACAACCAAUCAUCCCCGACCACGUGAACGCCAUCAUCAAUGAAUACGUCCGUCCUGGAAACCCGUACGCAGUCAAGCCGGCACCCCCAACAUUGGAUGAGAUGGGUCGGGCCCGUGGUCGUGGGAAGCGAAAGACUUCGUCCGCCGUCGUCCACUUGGUCGAAGGUGAGGGUGAGGUGCUUGUGAACGGGAGGACUCUGUCCGAGGCAUUCCCGCGCGAACAUGACCGGGAAAGUGUGGUGUGGCCAUUGAGCAUUACCGAGAGACUGGACAAGUAUAACGUGUGGGCUACUGUCAAGGGAGGCGGUACGACUGGACAAGCGGAGGCCAUUACGUUGGCCCUUGCUCGGGCAUUGCUGGUUCAUGAACCUGGUCUGAAGCCGGCCUUGCGGAAAGCUGGUACGAUUACUGUCGAUGCUCGUCGCGUGGAAAGAAAGAAGCCUGGUCAUCUCAAGGCCCGCAAGAAGCCCGCCUGGGUCAAGCGGUAA